UUAGCAAGUUUAAAGAAAUGUACAGUCUACCUGUCAGAAACUUGUCAAACAGGUUUUGCAUUGCUUGAAUAGAUUUCUAUUUUUAGCAAACGUCAACACCGGGAACGGUCUAUUCUGGUACGUAAACGCUCAACCUGUUUACCAUUUUCGUUGUGAUAUUUUUUGGAUUUUCGUAAUAAUUGAGUUAACUUAAAACAGCUUGGGCAAGAUGACGACAGGAAACAAGACAGCACGGGUGAUUUUUCUGGUUUGCGACUUUAUCUUCUUGAUAAUGGGGAUCGGAAUCUUCAUAGCAGGAAUCUACCUGAAGGUCUCCCGCGCUGACUUUACCGAGGUGUUGGACAGUAAGGAAUUUAACUUUGCCACAGCACUGAUGGUCUCUGCUGGGAUCAUAGUUGUGGUGGUGGCCAUUAUUGGACUGAUCGGAGAGCGACUACAGAACCAAUGCGUGCUAGGAGUAUACCUGAUCUGUGUUAUACUUAUCUUCUGUUUGGAACUAGCAGCUGGUAUUACUGGAGCUAUCUACAGAAAUAGGGUUAGUGGAUAAACAGUGUUGUAUCAA